GCGAGACGGCGGCGGAGACGGCGGACGGAGGCCCGGGCGGGCGGGCGGCCGGCCGCAGGCGCUGAAGAAGAGGCACUGAGGGCCAGAGGGGCUCUCACACAGGUGUCCAACGCCAGGCCGUCAACUGAAGCCCCCAAAAGGAGCCCGGUGAUGCUGCCCAGGCUGUGAACAGGGGAGGCGGUGCUGUGGGGGCUGCCGGCAGCCGGGGCUGGAGAGAGACAUGUGGACACGUGGUCUCUAUGGCUCCCGCCUGCCAGAUCCUCCACUGGGCCCUCACCCUGGGGCUGGGCCUCACAUUCGAAGUCAUACACGCCUUCCAGUCUCAAGAUGAGUUCCUGUCCAGUCUGGAGAGCUAUGAGAUCGCCUUCCCCACUCGAGUGGACCAAAAUGGGGCCCUGCUGGCCUUCUCGCCCCCGGCUUCCCGGAGGCAGCGUCGGGGCACAGGGCCAGCCCCAGAGUCUCGCCUCUACUACAAGGUGGCUGCACCCAGCACCCACUUCCUGCUGAACCUGACCCGCAGCCCCCGCCUUCUAGCGGGGCACGUCUCCGUGGAGUACUGGACACGGGAGGGCCUGGCCUGGCAGAGGGCUGCCCAGCCCCACUGCCUCUACGCCGGCCACCUGCAGGGCCAGGCCGACAGCUCCCAUGUGGCCAUCAGCACCUGUGGGGGCCUGCAUGGCCUGAUUGUGGCAGAUGAAGAAGAAUAUUUGAUCGAGCCCCUGCAAGGUGGGCCCAGAGGGGCCCAGGGCCCAGAGGAGAGUGGCCCCCAUGUGGUAUACAAGCGCUCCUCUCUGCGUCACCCCCACCUGGACACAGCCUGUGGAGUGAGAGACGAGAAGCCGUGGAAGGGGCGGCCGUGGUGGCUGCGCACGCUGAAGCCGCCACCUGCCAGGCCCCUGGGGAAUGAGACUGAGCGUGGCCAGCCAGGCCUGAAGCGCUCGGUCAGCCGGGAGCGCUACGUGGAGACCCUGGUGGUGGCUGACAAGAUGAUGGUGGCCUACCAUGGGCGCCGAGACGUGGAACAGUACGUGCUGGCCAUCAUGAACAUUGUUGCCAAACUUUUCCAGGACUCGAGUCUGGGAAACAUCGUUAAUAUCCUGGUGACACGCCUCAUCCUGCUCACGGAGGACCAGCCCACCCUGGAGAUCACCCACCAUGCCGGGAAGUCCCUGGACAGCUUCUGUAAGUGGCAGAAAUCCAUCGUGAACCGCAGCGGCCAUGGCAACGCCAUUCCGGAGAACGGUGUGGCCAACCAUGACACAGCGGUGCUCAUCACGCGCUAUGACAUCUGCAUCUAUAGGAACAAACCCUGCGGCACACUAGGCCUGGCCCCCGUGGGCGGCAUGUGCGAGCGGGAGAGAAGUUGCAGCAUCAACGAGGAUAUUGGCCUGGCCACUGCCUUCACCAUCGCCCAUGAGAUUGGACAUACGUUUGGCAUGAACCACGACGGGGUGGGGAACAGCUGUGGGGCCCGUGGCCAGGACCCGGCCAAGCUCAUGGCCGCCCACAUCACCAUGAAGACCAACCCCUUUGUGUGGUCGUCCUGCAGCCGCGACUACAUCACCAGCUUUCUGGACUCAGGCCUGGGGCUGUGCCUGAACAACCGGCCCCCCAGACAGGACUUCGUGUACCCCACGGUGGCACCUGGCCAGGCCUACGACGCAGACGAACAGUGCCGCUUCCAACAUGGAGUCAAAUCGCGUCAGUGUAAAUACGGGGAGGUCUGCAGCGAGCUGUGGUGUCUGAGCAAGAGCAACCGGUGCAUCACCAACAGCAUUCCAGCCGCCGAGGGCACGCUGUGCCAGACGCACACCAUCGACAAGGGGUGGUGCUACAAGCGCGUGUGCGUCCCUUUCGGGUCGCGGCCGGAGGGCGUGGACGGGGCCUGGGGCCCGUGGACCCCGUGGGGCGACUGCAGCCGGACGUGCGGCGGCGGCGUGUCCUCCUCCAGCCGUCACUGCGACAGCCCCAGGCCAACAAUCGGGGGCAGGUACUGCCUUGGUGAGAGACGGCGGCACCGCUCCUGCAACACCGACGACUGUCCCCCGGGCUCCCAGGACUUCAGGGAAAUGCAGUGCUCCGAAUUUGACAGCGUUCCCUUCCGUGGAAAAUUCUACACGUGGAAGACAUACCGAGGAGGGGGCGUGAAGGCCUGCUCACUCACAUGCCUGGCCGAAGGCUUCAAUUUCUACACGGAGAGAGCGGCGGCCGUGGUGGAUGGGACGCCCUGCCGCCCCGACACGGUGGACAUUUGCGUCAGCGGCGAGUGCAAGCACGUGGGCUGUGACCGGGUCCUGGGCUCCGACCUGAGGGAGGACAAGUGCCGGGUUUGCGGUGGUGACGGCAGUGCCUGUGAAACCAUUGAGGGGGUCUUCAGCCCAGCCUCGCCUGCAGCCGGGUAUGAGGAAGUCGUCUGGAUCCCCAAAGGCUCCGUCCACAUCUUCAUCCAGGACCUGAACCUCUCCCUCAGUCACCUGGCCCUGAAGGGAGACCAGGAGUCCCUGCUGCUGGAGGGGCUGCCCGGGAACCCCCAGCCCCACCGCCUGCCCCUGGCUGGGACCACCUUUCAGCUGCGACAGGGGCCAGAUCAGACGCAGAGCCUAGAAGCCCUGGGACCCAUAAAUGCAUCUCUCAUCGUCAUGGUAACGAUAGUGGGAGCAAGGUGCCGGAAGAUAUUAGCAUCCUUGUGGGGACCGGAGCUUGGCUUCCACUUGAUGGCCCCCUCCCCCACCUCAGGUACUGGCCCGGACAGAGCUGGCAGCCCUCCGCUACCGCUUCAAUGCGCCCAUUGCCCGAGAUGCACUGCCCCCCUACUCCUGGCACUAUGUGCCCUGGACCAAGUGCUCAGCCCAGUGUGCCGGCGCCAGGUGCAGGCCGUGGAGUGCCGCAAUCAGCUGGACAGCUCGGCCGUGGCCCCCCACCAUUGCAGCGCCCACAGCAAACUGCCCAAGAGGCAGCGAGCCUGCAACACGGAGCCCUGCCCGCCAGACUGGGUCGUAGGGAACUGGUCGCGCUGCAGCCGCAGCUGUGACGCGGGGGUGCGCAGCCGCUCGGUCGUGUGCCAGCGCCGAGUGUCAGCCGCCGAGGAGAAGGCGCUGGACGACAGCGCGUGCCCGCAGCCGCGCCCGCCAGUUCUGGAGGCCUGCCAAGGCCCCGCUUGCCCGCCCGAGUGGGCCGCCCUGGACUGGUCCGAGUGCACCCCCAGCUGCGGGCCAGGCCUCCGCCACCGCGUCGUCCUGUGCAAGAGCUCUGACCACCGCGCCACGCUGCCCCCUGCGCAAUGCCCGCCCGCAGCCAAGCCGCCAGCCACCAUGCGUUGCAACUUGCGCCGCUGUCCCCCGGCUCGCUGGGUGACCGGCGAGUGGGGCGAGUGCUCCGCACAGUGCGGGAUCGGGCAGCAACAGCGCGCGGUGCGCUGCUCCAGCCACACGGGCCAGCCGUCGCGCGAGUGCGCAGAGGCUCUGCGGCCCCCGGCCACGCAGCAGUGCGAAGCCAAGUGCGACAGCGCGCCCCCUGGGGACGGCCCCGAAGGCUCUUCACCCUCUCCCUGCAGACAUGUAUUAAGUGCUACUGCAUGCCAAGCUCUUUAGGCACCUGAUCCUUCUGGGCACCCAAACUCAGGUCUUUCCCGCAGCCACCUCCAUGACCCUCAUCCUGUUCAUCUCCACCUGUACCAUCAACUGCCGAAUUUUUUUUCUUUAAUUCAGAGUUUCUCAACCUUGGGCACUAUUGAUGUUUUGAGCCAGAUAAUUCUUGGGGGAGUGGGGCUGCCCUAUGCCCUGUAGGAUAUUCAGUAGCGUUCCUGACUUGUGUCCGCCCCCAGUGGUGACAAGCAGAAAUGUCUCCAGAUCCGGCCAAAUGUCUCCUGGGGAACAAAAUCGUAUUCCUUUGAGAACUGCUGCUUUAAAUAUGUCCUUUUUUUUUUUUUUUUCCUACCUAAGUAAAUUUAUUUUCCAUACAGGGCAAUAGAUCGCUUACUCCGGGCACUGGAACCAAACUGCCCGGAUUGGGCUCCCUCCUCUGUGCCUUCUAAUCUGUCAAGGGGGAUAAAUAAUACACUCACUUGAGGGGGGUGCCGCAUGAGGGAGAUGGAAUAAAACAAUCCACGUGAAACCCUUUAUUAGGCACCAGGCCCUGUCCUACAUCACUGGCCAAGUGGGAGCCCGCAUCAUUGUCGCAAACAGAUGGUCGAUUACCGUGAACACAAAAUACUCAAAUACCCUAAAAAGGAGCGACUUCUCUGGAGCUCAGGGUCCUCCGUCUAUUACAAAGGAUAACGAGCAAGGAUUACAGCCCCAAAUGGAUCAAAAGGAUAACUGAAAGGGAAUACUUUUCUCGUGAUUUAAUGCUGGGUCUGAGUCCCAGACCCAGCACUGUCUCUCUCUCAAAGUCCUCCAACAGCCUAAUGACCGAUUUACAAGUCCCCCCCCCCUUUGAGUUAGUUAUAAGCUCCCUUUGAGAAGCGAGGAAACUGAGACAGAAAAGCUAGGAAGCUCAGUGCAGGCUGCAGACGCGCCCCUGAGGGAAGGGGCUCUGAGAUCUGAUCACUCCCUCCCCCCCCCCACCCCGUUCUCC